AAGAUGCUGUCCACCAGCGAAGAUGCCGGCUUCUACUCGCACAACCGUGAUCAUUCCGAAACGGGAGAAUCGGACGGCACGCAGGAUAUCCUUACAUGCGGGUCCUGUCAGAAAACGUUCGCCCUGUCCGACAUCGUGCGGUUCAUCCAGCACAAAGUGCUCCAGUGUAAUAAGGAAAACUAUGGCCAGUGUUUCACGCAAGGCUCGUCCGGUGGCGCCGAUCGCGACUCGGACGAUGGCCGGCGGCUGAUGUUGGCCAACACUAGCGGCGGCCUCGCGACCCGACGGGCCUCGAUGCCGAACGUGUCCAGCCGAAGCGUGUCCUCGAAGCAGGCGAACAGUACCUCCACCUUCGAUCGGGUCCAUACGCCGCCCCCGACCAGCCCGGCGGAGCUGUUGCGCGAUGGUGCCUCCAGCACACCGAAGCGGCUUGGCGACGAACCAGAAAACGCUUCCACCCACUGCGCGUCGCGAGGAGCCAGCCCGCUCGGUUGCAGCCUGGACGACGAGCACGACCAGAAACCGUCCGUCCGAGCGAUCGAAAUCAAACAGGAGCGCAUGGAGGUCGAUCCGCGGCCCGAGGACCUCGACUACGUCAGCCGGAAGCAACAGACGACCGCACAAUCGCCCCGGCGGAACGGUUCGCUGGACCGGGCGGACGACAUGGCGCUGCGCAAGAGCCGCACACCCAGCACGGUCUCCGACGGUCCCGAACCGCACACGGUCAACAGUGAACCCAGCAAUUACGUGUGCUCGACGUGCAAAACCAAGUACCAUUCGGCAUGGCGGCUCGUACAGCAUGUCCAGCACGCCCACGGCGUGAAAAUCUACGUGGAGUCGCUGGCUAGCACCGGCAACCAGGAUGGAGGAGCCGCUCCGACCGAGGACUCCGACGCGCCGGAAUCAGCAGCAGCCUCCGAUGAAGCUACGCCACGAGACGAACCUGAAACGAUCUGCUCGGAACGAUGCGCGACCGACACGAGCGAGAUGCUUCCGGUCGAUAGUGCGUCACCAGCGAUCACCACUUCUCCGAGGCCAGCAUCACGGUGUGCGAGCCGUAGCCGAAGAGAUGUCUCGCUGGACACGACCACUGAAGAGAAGGACCAAGCACGUGACGUUCGGGAAAAAGACUCCCAAGAGAAGGUUACGAUGAACGGUGUGGAGAGGAAAGAACAGAGGGUGCUUAACGGAGAUGGGUAUGGGUCCGACGAGGAGAUCGAGGUGCGACCGAAGCGGACCAAGUUGUCAAAUGUAAGCAACAGCAGCUCGGACGGUGGCGAAGGUAAAGUGUCCACCGGCAGCCCGAAAGAGGUGAUAGCCUUAUCGCUCACGAGUCCACAAGCGCUGAUGGCACCGUCCGCCGCUUCGAGGCAAUCGACCACACCGCAACCUCCGUCUAUGCAGUCCCCUUCGCACCAUCAAUCACCACCUGCCUCGAGUGUUCCCGCCUCGAGCAGCGCGAUGGCGACGGUCACGACUCCCAUCACGACCACUCCGGCGCGUUCCGAAUCGACACAGAGUUUGCCACCGCCGGGAUUGCGCGGCCAUCACACACUGUUGCCCCCGCCGGAGAUACACCAGAAUCCGUUCGGACUGCUACGAAUGCCCCACCAUCCGCACAACCCGCUGUUCGGGCGGGCGGCUCACCAUGAUUUCCGCAUGGAACACCUCAUGUCGGAGCAGUUCCGGAACCACGGCCUGAACCUAGCAGCCGCCGCCGUUGCCGCGGCUAACCAGCUGAAAUCGCACAGCCAACCGUUUACCCCCGCCACCGGAGCGACCGCCUCAGAGCGGCCACCAUCGGCGGGAGCGGCCGCUGCAGCCGCCGCCGCCCUCACCCUCACACCGGGCGUGCCGGGAUUGGAGCCGCACAUGGACUACUACUCGCAGCGGCUUCGACAACUGGCCGGCACGACCAGCCCCGGGGCGAACAUCACCUCCAACUCGUCCAACUCGCCCAGCCCCCGCAAGCAGCCACACUCGCCGUCGCAUUUCGCCAGUCCCUCGCCCUCGCAGCUCCCACCCACGCCACUCACCAACAACUCGCGCCCGCAAAGCCUUACGCCGCCGGAGAAGCACACUGAGCUGGGGCUGGACGCCGGUAGCCUCAUGGCCAAUACGCCCCGCUCGGCGUCGACGCCGCCGAAUAAGCAGAGCCAGCACCACAACCACCAGGCGUCGGACGGUGCGCUCUACUCGUGCGACUUCUGCGGCAAGAAGUUCCGAUUCCAGAGCAACCUGCUCGUCCAUCGGCGGACGCACACGAACGAGCUGCCGUUCAAAUGCACCAGCUGUGACUUCUCGUGUGCGCAAGCGUCCAAGCUGAAGUCGCACAUGAAGCUGGUGCAUUCGCGCACCCGACCCUCGGUGGCCAUCAGCGAACCGGACACGGCGAGUAACGUGGACUCGAUCGAGAGUGACUCGGACGAUUCGGACCACGACCUGAUGGACGCGGAUGAUCUCGAUGCGGAUGGGCGCGACGGUGAGGAUCGGCAUAUGGCGCACGAUGGUGACGGUGAGGACGACGACGACGACGAGGACGAUGAUGAGGACGAUGAGGCGGAGGAUCUGAGUAUGAGCAGCACCCAGAGUCAGUCGAAGAAAGACGGUGGCUCGCUGCAGAUGUCCACGUCGCUUGUUGGCGAGCUGAUGGAUAAGUUCGGACUGUCCAACAUCGCGCAGUACUCGGAGGCGUACAAGCAGGCCCUACAGGAGUCCGGUAACGCACUCAAGCUGCAGCUGACGAGCAAGGAUCGGGACAACAACAACAGCGCCAUGGCCAUCCCGGGGUUGGCGGAAAAGCUGAACGGAUUGCCGACGGCGCUGCGGAUCAAGGAGGAGUUGGCGAAGAACAUGCUUCAGCACCACAACCCUCAGCUGCCCCAGGUACCGCUGUUCAAUCCUUUCGAGAACCCGUUCGAGGCGUCCAAGCGAAUGAAGCUGGAGGGUGGUGAAAGCUGGUGGGGCAUCCCCGGACUGCACCGGAACGAGUCACUGUUCGAGAACAUGAAACCGGGUCGUGACGGAGGAGUGCGAGGCCCUUCCGGCGGUGGAGGAUUGCUUCAGCCGAUGAUGAAGAAAGAGAGUAAGCUGCGCAAUGACACGUGCGAGUUCUGCGGGAAGGUGUUCAAGAACUGCUCCAACCUGACUGUGCACCGACGGAGUCACACCGGAGAGAAGCCGUACAAGUGUGAGCUGUGUUCGUAUGCCUGCGCCCAGAGCUCAAAGUUGACGCGCCAUAUGAAGACGCACGGGCGGCUCGGGAAGGACGUGUACCGGUGCCGGUUCUGCGAGAUGCCCUUCAGCGUACCUUCCACGCUCGAAAAACACAUGCGCAAGUGUGUCGUAAACCAGGGCAAACUGCAACAACAGCAACAGCGUGAACUGCAGCAACUCCAGCAGCAACAGCAGCAACUGCACCAUCAACAAUUAGCCGCCCAGCAAAUGGCCGCCGCCGCCGCAGCCGCCGCACAGCGUGACCGCGACCAUCAUCGCGACCGUGAACGUGAUCGGGAUCGUGAACAGCACCACCAACACCUGCACCAUCAGUCGCAGCAGCAACAGUCGGCGGCCAUCCUAGCAGCCGCCGCAGCCGCCUCACCAUCCCAUGCCGGAGCGCCUCAAAUACCGCCCGGCUUACUGUUGCCUCCACUGCCAGCCGCCGUCGCAGCAGCCGCCGCCGCAGCCGCCGGCGUCUCUCCGACGGACGAAAACCUCACGUCCGGAUCACCCUCCAGCUCGUCGUCAUCAGCCGCCGCUGCAGCAGCCGCCGCCGCAGCCGCCCUUAUGAAGGAGGAGGCAGCAUCGGCAUGA